UGGUUUGUCUAGGAAUACUCAGCUGAUUCGUUAUUUGUUUCUCGCACAAUACAAAAAUAAAUUGAUCGUGUAAAAAAUUAUUUUAAUAUUUAACAAUAUAAAUACUUCAUAUUUUAUACAAAAAAAAUUAUUAAUAUAUUUUACAAUAACAAGUAAUACACUGAUAAAUAAAUUUUCGAGGUAUCAUGUCCAGAGAAUUACGAAAACACUAAUGUAAGUAACAGAUCAAAAUUUGAGACAACAGAUAUAAAAAUAUGUCGUCUUCGAUUGAAAAUGUUGCAAUAAAGCAACCUAUUAGGCGCUUGGAGAUCCAAAUUAAUAACUUCAAUGUGGCCAUACCACAUCAUGUUAACUUAUUAAAACGGCAUAAAAGUAACAUUGAAAAAUAUCAAACACAACAUGAGUGGGAAAAGAUGCAUAGAGAACACAUAAAUGUAGCUAGGAUUAUAAAACAGCUUAAAGAAUUAUUAUAUCAAAUGGAUACUUUAAGAGCUCAUGUUCUUGAUUCUGACAUUAAUCAGUUUGAUAAAUUAACUGGCAAUGCCCGUACAAGUAUCAUGAAUGCAGUCAGAGAAUAUAUGGAACUACAGUUGAAUUUGCCCAUGUCGCAACCAGAGUCACCCAAAGAAGAAGAUCAACCCAAAAGUCAUCCACUUGACGACACAUAUAUCCAGCUCCAGAAAGAACAGCAGGAGCUGCAGCAUCAGGAGGCAUGUCUGCAUACUUGGAACACCUUGCAAGAAGAUAUACAUCAACUUCACCAAUUAUUUCUUGACUUUAACAAAAUUGUUGAUGAACAAAAGGAGCUAGUAAAUUCAAUAGAAGACAACAUAGAAGUAACAAAUGUGAAUGUAACGGAGGGUGAGAAAUUCCUUCAAAAAGCUGCUAGGUACAAAGUUACUAUGUACCCUUUAGCAGGAGCUGUAAUUGGAACUUGUAUCGGUGGACCGGUUGGUUUACUAGCUGGAUUAAAAGUCGGUGGUUUAACUGCGCUAGGUUGUGGUAUUUUAGGAUUUACUGGAGCAUCCAUAAUAAAGAAAAAGGAGAUAGAAAUGCAAAAAUCGAGAUCAACAGAAGGGCACAGUUUAACUGAGCAAAAAUCUGUGCAGAAAUCAAUAUCUUUACCUGAGAAUUUACAAGAAACUAAGAAGGAGUUGUGACAUAUGCCAAAAUGUGAUAUUAGCGAUAAGAGUAAAAGAAAGAAUGCCUGCAGUGUCGUUUAAUCUCAAAGCACUGAUAUUAAUAAUUCAAUACGUUUUUAAAGAUUUAGAGAUUCUUUGUAUUUAUUCUGUAUAUAAAACAAGAAUAUUUGACAAAUUAUUAUUAUUAAGGAUAUUAGGACUAAAUAUUUCUAUAAAAAUGAUUUGUAAUUUAUGAUAAAUUGUUUUAACUGCAACAUGUGACAAAUCUAUUAAGUUAUGUAUUUAAGAAAAACAUUGAAUAUUGAUUAUGAAAUUUUCUGCCGGGACCAAGUUUUAUUGUUAAAAUUACUAAGGUCCUUAAGAAAAAUUUCUUUACUUUGCGAAAAGUAAAUUUUUUUAUACAAUUGUACGAAACAUCAACAUAUAUAUAUAAGCAUUAUAUACAUAUACAUAUAUAUAUAAAUAUUGCAUAUAGAAUAUAGAUUAUUCUCGAUAAUGAUAUUAACCAAACAAAUGCGAUUAGAUAGGGUUAUGUUAUUGCAAAUAUUACGUCGAAAACGAACAUAUAUAGAAACAAUUAAAUACUUUUUCACUGAAAUGUACUUACAAUGAUAUAAAAAUUGUGCGGUAUGUUGAGCAGGAUCGACGUAAUGGAGCACUUACGACGCGUCUUUUAUAUGCUUUUUACGUGUAUCGUGGUAUUUACACAAUUACAAGAUAUUAAGCCAACGCGAAAACCGAAAGCCUAUUGUUGCUUGUAAACAGUGUCUGCAAAUAAACUAAUAUCACGAACGAAUACUAAAACCGAAUUUGCAAUGAAAGUUUGACUUCGUGUCUGCGCAUAACGAAACGUCUCGAUUUACUGCGCAUCGAUCGUUCGAACCACCAUUGACUAAGUUCUGUGAUAAUACACUCGAAACAUAUUACAGAAGCAUAGAAUUCUAUUACUUCAUUUGCAAAAUGUCCUAUUCUAUACUAUAUUUGUAAUUUCAUAGGAAAAUUUAGUUUUAAUUCAAACUAGUAUUAUACUAAAUCGAUUGUCACAUGCGACACGAAAAUGGUAUGGGGGUACGUGACGACCAAAACAUGGGAUAGAAAAAAGCAUUGAAUGUCACAUCAUCUACAGUGCACCUCAUCCAUAAUGACAUGCAAUAUUUUUUUCCUGUCCCACGUUUUGAGGGUCAGCUGAUUUGCUUACCACUUUCGUAUCACAUGUGACGUUAUCGAUAGCAAUGAUAGACUAUACGCAUAAAACGAAUCUCCAACUUGCUAUAAUUUAUUGUUAUAAAGCAUGUUCGAUAUUAACGAUUAUAUCAUUAUUUCUUUUUUAUAAUUUUUAUUCUUUAACUGUAAAAAACUCCAAAGAUUUUCCACGUAAAAGUUGUUUGAUAUUAUGAAUAAAACAUAAGAAAUAUUUUUCAAGGAAGAAAAGUAAAAACUUGUGAAAAAGGGGGAAUGUUUAAAAAGUUAAUAGCUUAUAAAAACACAUCCUAGUGUUAAUUGUAAAUUGUUUAGUAUGAUAUACAUAUGUAUGUGCGGUGAUAUAGAAUAGGACGUUCCAGAUUGUGCAGAUUCUGUCUGAAGUUU